GGCAUUCACAGGGUUUAGCCUGACACACUGGAAUUUUUUUUUUACAGCCAUCUAAAACUCCUGAAACUGUCCACUACUAUCAAUUCAUUUCCCUUAUAGAAAAUGUUGGUUGUAAUUAAUUCAGGCAUACAGAAACGUUUUAGCCAGGAGAUUUUAAUAUAAUCACAAACUGUAUUGCAUUUAUUAUUGUAUAACAUUUAUUUAUAUGUUUUCAUUGUUUCAGCUGGCUAAGGGACGUAAAGGUGACGUUAUGACGUAAAAUAAUAAAUUGAUGUUUUAUUAAUAUUUUCUUUGAAACAAACUAUUUUGAAGAGCCGAUUCGAGUAAAUAAAUCGGAUGUCUCAUUACCGCAGCCAUUUUGAUAAUUUAAAAGAAAGCGAAAUUUUUAUUCAACAAGGUACAGCAUUUGAACGUACGCGCGUGAGAGCCGUUAAAUCUACGUACCGCGUGCCUUGCUCGUGCAGCACAUCUCUGGAUUAGCCUAACCGUCAGCGAUUGGAAUAAAACACCAAAUAUUACAAACUGUCUGCAGGUCGCUACAUUACCAAGAUGUCUGACGAUAUUUCAAGUGUCCGGUCAUGUGAGGACUUCAGUCGUGAGAGGUUACAACUAAAUCAACAUUUGGAGAAGAUGACCGAACAAAUGGAGAAUGUUUCAGUGAAGCUGUCUUGGAUGGCGUAUGAUAUGGUUGUUCUCAGAACCAAUCCAGAUCUCGCUGAAUCCCUCAAAAACCUGGAGAAUGAGUUUCUCAACUGCAAAGCUGUUAUUUGUGCUGAUGGACAAGCUAAAAACGAUCAUCCUGAUGGAAUCCACCAACAACAGCGAACACGGUUCCUCAGAUGGCCUGGAUUAUAUCUUGAAGCAGUUGGAUUUAUUGUCGGAAUUGAUUGACCAAUUGGAAGUGAAGAUCCAGCUGCUGCAGUGUAACCUGACCGUGUGCUUCACACACCCUGAUAACAUGGCUUGUCUCCAGGCUGACGUGGAAACCCCAGCGUGGAAACCUGCUGGGUGCAUGAGGCAGCACUGCCGAUGAAGUCCGGCUCCACGCUCCAUUCCAUCUAUGAGAAUCAGUGGGGUCUUCAUAUGGUGCGUGACCAUGUCCAUGACGCUGGAGAAAUUCUAAGACACACGCAC